AUGGAGAAUUAUUGCUUCCUUAAGCCGCUCGGUCAAGGAAGUUUCGGGGUUGUAUGGAAGGCUUUGCACAAGGUGACUGGUGAGAUUGUUGCAAUUAAGCAACUGAAGAAUGAGGUAUCGAGGUUGACUUCAUGGGAGGAGUUUCUCCAAAUGGCAGAAGUUGAGUCUCUGUCUCAGUUGAAGAACCACCCGAAUAUUGUCAAUUUGAAACAAGCUUUCAUGGGAUUUGAUGGCACUGCUUCCCUUGUCUUUGAAUUCAUGGAGGGCAACUUAUUGCAAUUUAUGCAACUGCACAAGAAGAGAUUCAAUGAGGCACAAAUCAGGAAUGUGUGUCAUCAAAUUCUUCUUGGGCUAGAUCACAUGCAUAAGAAUGGGUGGUGCCACCGUGACCUCAAACCGGAAAACUUGUUGGUCAAACAAGGUGUGGUCAAGAUUGGGGAUUUGGGUUCUGCUAAGAAGAUUCAGCCGGGCAUUCCUUUCAAAGAUUAUGUCACAACUCGCUGGUACAGAGUCCCAGAGGUGUUGCUGGGCUCACGCUUCUACGAUUCCAAGGUUGAUAUGUGGGCUGUGGGUGUAAUCUUGGCUGAGAUGUUCAACCUCCGCCCUCUACUUCCGGGUAACAAUGCGGAGGAGCAGCUGUUUUGGAUUUGUAGUGUGCUAGGCAGCCCAACCGUGAAGUCAUGGCCUGAAGGGCAAAUUCUUGCAGGGCAGGCUGAGUAUCAGUUUCCACAGUUUUCUGGGUCUGGUCUCUCAUGUUUCAUCCCAUCUGCCAGUGAGUCUGCAAUUAAGCUUAUUACUUCGCUGCUUUCUUGGGAUCCUGCUAAGAGGCCGACUGCUGCAGAGGCACUUAAGCAUCCCUUUUUCGUCGGCUCCCACCGUAUUCCACGUGCCAUUCCUCGUGCCAUUCCUGAGAGACAUCCCCAUAUUCUUCCUAACAUUGGUGGCAUUUUAGUCUAG